CAAUAGAGUGCAGGCAUGGCCUCUGGAGAUGCUGAGAUGGCUGUUUUUGGGGAGGCAGCUCCUUACCUGCGAAAGUCAGAAAAGGAGAGAAUUGCAGCCCAGAACAAGCCUUUUGAUGCCAAGACAUCUGUCUUUGUGGUACAUGCAAAGGAAUCCUUUGUGAAAGGGACAAUUCAGAGCAGGGAAUCAGGGAAAGUCACUGUCAAGACUGAAGGGGGAGAGACCCUGACUGUGAAGGAAGAUCAAGUCUUCUCCAUGAACCCUCCCAAGUACGACAAAAUCGAGGACAUGGCCAUGAUGACCCACCUCCACGAACCCGCUGUGCUGUACAACCUCAAAGAGCGUUACGCAGCCUGGAUGAUCUACACCUACUCGGGUCUCUUCUGCGUCACUGUCAACCCCUACAAGUGGCUGCCCGUGUACAACCCGGAGGUGGUGUUGGCCUACCGAGGCAAGAAGCGCCAGGAGGCCCCUCCACACAUCUUCUCCAUCUCUGACAACGCCUAUCAGUUCAUGCUGACUGAUUAUAAAGAAGAGGUGAAAAAGAGUGAAAGAGCUUGGUCAUAUGUUUCUGUCAUUAAUGAUGCCUCAAAAUUUCCCGGAGAAUCCAGUGCCGGGAAGACUGUGAACACAAGGCGUGUCAUCCAGUACUUUGCAACAAUUGCAGCCAGCGGGGAGAAGAAGAAGGAGGAGCAGACAUCAGGCAAAAUGCAGGGAACGCUUGAGGAUCAAAUCAUCAGCGCCAACCCACUGCUGGAGGCCUUUGGAAACGCCAAGACCGUGAGGAACGACAACUCCUCGCGCUUUGGCAAAUUCAUCAGAAUCCACUUUGGGGCCACAGGCAAACUGGCUUCUGCUGACAUUGAAACUUAUCUGCUGGAGAAGUCCAGAGUCACUUUCCAGCUCAAGGCGGAAAGAAGCUACCACAUCUUUUAUCAGAUCAUGUCCAACAAAAAGCCAGAGCUAAUUGACAUGCUCCUCAUCACCACCAACCCUUACGAUUUCCACUUUGUGAGUCAAGGUGAGAUCACUGUUCCCAGCAUCGAUGACCAGGAGGAGCUGAUGGCAACAGAUAGUGCCAUUGACAUCCUGGGUUUCUCUGCUGAUGAGAAAACAGCCAUCUACAAGCUGACAGGGGCUGUCAUACACUACGGGAACCUGAAGUUCAAGCAGAAGCAGCGUGAGGAGCAGGCAGAGCCUGAUGGCACAGAAGUUGCUGACAAGGCUGCCUACCUGAUGGGUCUGAACUCAGCAGACCUGCUCAAGGCCCUCUGCUACCCCCGAGUUAAGGUGGGGAAUGAAUAUGUGACCAAGGGCCAAACAGUGCAGCAGGUGAACAAUUCAGUGGGUGCCCUGGCAAAGGCUGUCUAUGAGAAGAUGUUCCUGUGGAUGGUUGUUCGCAUCAACCAACAGCUGGACACGAAGCAGCCCAGGCAGUACUUCAUUGGUGUGCUGGACAUUGCUGGCUUCGAGAUCUUUGAUUUCAACAGCUUUGAGCAGUUGUGCAUCAACUUCACCAAUGAGAAACUGCAGCAGUUCUUCAACCACCACAUGUUCGUGCUGGAGCAGGAGGAGUACAAGAAGGAAGGAAUUGAAUGGACAUUCAUCGACUUUGGGAUGGACCUGGCUGCCUGCAUUGAGCUCAUUGAGAAGCCCAUGGGCAUCUUCUCCAUCCUGGAAGAGGAGUGCAUGUUCCCCAAGGCAACUGACACCUCUUUCAAGAACAAGCUCUAUGACCAGCACCUGGGCAAGUCCAGCAACUUCCAGAAGCCCAAGCCUGCCAAAGGCAAGGCUGAGGCCCACUUCUCCCUGGUGCACUAUGCUGGCACAGUGGACUACAACAUCACUGGGUGGCUGGAGAAGAACAAGGACCCCCUGAAUGAAACUGUCAUUGGGCUGUACCAGAAAUCAUCUGUCAAGACCCUGGCCUUACUCUUUGCCAACUAUGGUGGAGCAGAUGCAGAGGCUGGUGGUGGAAAGAAGGGUGGCAAGAAAAAGGGUUCUUCUUUCCAGACUGUCUCAGCUCUUUUCCGGGAGAACUUAAACAAGCUGAUGACCAAUCUACGGAGCACUCACCCCCAUUUUGUGCGCUGCAUCAUUCCAAAUGAGACUAAAACACCUGGUGCCAUGGAGCACGAGCUGGUGCUGCACCAGCUGCGCUGUAACGGCGUGUUGGAAGGGAUCAGGAUUUGCAGGAAAGGGUUCCCCAGCAGAGUCCUCUAUGCUGACUUCAAACAGAGAUACAAGGUGCUUAAUGCCAGUGCCAUCCCAGAGGGACAGUUCAUCGACAGCAAGAAGGCUUCCGAGAAGCUCCUUGGCUCAAUCGAUGUGGACCACACCCAGUACAAAUUUGGACACACCAAGGUGUUCUUCAAAGCUGGGCUGCUGGGGCUCCUGGAGGAGAUGAGGGAUGAGAAGCUGGCACAGCUCAUCACUCGCACACAGGCCAGAUGCAGAGGCUUCCUGAUGAGGGUGGAGUACCAGAGAAUGGUGGAGAGAAGAGAGUCCAUCUUCUGCAUCCAGUACAACAUUCGUUCAUUCAUGAACGUCAAACACUGGCCCUGGAUGAAGCUGUUCUUCAAGAUCAAGCCCUUGCUGAAGAGUGCAGAGUCUGAGAAGGAGAUGGCCAACAUGAAACAAGAGUUUGAGAAAACCAAGGAAGAGCUUGCAAAGUCUGAGGCAAAGCGGAAGGAGCUGGAGGAGAAAAUGGUUUCUUUGCUUCAGGAGAAAAAUGACCUGCAGCUCCAAGUGCAAGCUGAGGCAGACAGCCUGGCUGAUGCUGAGGAAAGGUGUGACCAGCUCAUCAAAACCAAAAUCCAGCUGGAAGCCAAAGUUAAAGAAGUGACUGAAAGGGCUGAGGAUGAGGAGGAAAUCAAUGCUGAGCUGACAGCCAAGAAAAGAAAACUGGAGGAUGAAUGUUCAGAGCUGAAGAAAGAUAUUGAUGACCUUGAGCUAACACUGGCCAAGGUGGAGAAGGAAAAACACGCCACUGAAAACAAGCCUCCACAGGCAAAUCUGGAGAAGAUGUGCCGCACCCUGGAAGACCAGCUGAGUGAGAUUAAGACAAAGGAAGAAGAGCAUCAGCGCAUGAUCAAUGACCUCAAUGCUCAAAGAGCUCGUCUGCAGACAGAAGCAGGUGAAUAUUCACACCAAGUGGAAGAAAAAGAUGGUUUGAUAUCUCAGCUAUCCAGAGGCAAACAGGCAUUCACUCAACAGAUUGAGGAACUAAAGAGACAUUUAGAGGAAGAAAUAAAGGCCAAGAACGCCCUGGCCCACGCCCUGCAGUCCGCUCGCCACGACUGUGACUUGCUCCGGGAACAAUAUGAGGAGGAGCAGGAAGCCAAGGGGGAGCUGCAGCGCGCCCUGUCCAAGGCCAACAGCGAAGUGGCCCAGUGGAGAACCAAAUACGAGACGGACGCGAUUCAGCGCACGGAGGAGCUCGAGGAGGCCAAGAAGAAGCUGGCACAGCGCCUGCAGGAUGCAGAGGAACACGUCGAAGCUGUCAAUGCCAAGUGUGCCUCCCUGGAAAAGACAAAGCAGAGGCUGCAGAAUGAAGUGGAGGACCUGAUGAUUGAUGUGGAGCGAUCCAAUGCUGCCUGCGCUGCUCUGGACAAGAAGCAGAAGAACUUUGACAAGGUCUUUUGGUUACAGGACACCCAGCUACACUUGGACGAUGCUCUCAGGACCCAGGAUGACCUGAAGGAGCAGGUGGCCAUGGUGGAGCGCAGAGCAAACCUGCUGCAGGCUGAAGUUGAGGAGCUACGGGCAGCCCUGGAGCAGACGGAGCGGUCAAGGAAACUGGCUGAGCAGGAGCUCCUGGAUGCCACUGAACGUGCACAGCUCCUCCACACCCAGAACACCAGCUUGAUCAACACCAAGAAGAAGCUGGAGACAGACAUUUCUCAGAUUCAGAGCGAAAUGGAGGAUAUGAUCCAGGAGGCCCGCAAUGCUGAAGAGAAGGCCAAGAAGGCCAUCACAGAUGCGGCCAUGAUGGCAGAAGAGCUGAAGAAGGAGCAGGACACCAGUGCCCACCUGGAGAGGAUGAAGAAGAACCUGGACCAGACGGUGAAGGACCUGCAGCACCGUCUGGAAGAGGCCGAGCAGUUGGCCCUGAAGGGAGGCAAGAAGCAAAUCCAGAAGCUGGAGGCCAGGGUGCGGGAGCUGGAAGGGGAGGUUGAUGCUGAGCAGAAGCGCAGCGCUGAAGCCGUGAAGGGUGUGCGCAAGUACGAGAGGAGGGUGAAGGAACUCACCUACCAGUCUGAGGAAGACAGGAAGAAUGUUCUCAGGCUGCAGGAUCUGGUGGACAAGCUGCAAAUGAAGGUGAAAUCCUACAAGAGACAGGCUGAGGAAGCUGAGGAGCUCUCCAAUGUCAACCUCUCCAAGUUCCGCAAGAUCCAGCACGAGCUGGAGGAAGCUGAGGAACGGGCUGACAUUGCAGAGUCGCAGGUCAACAAGCUCCGAGUGAAGAGUCGGGACAUGCAUGGGAAGAAAAUAGAAGAGGAAGAGUGAGGAUGUCACAAAGCAGCAAAGUGAUCUGAGGGCUGCACAAGAUGUGAACUCUCUGUCACUUCCUUCAAUCAUUAGUCUUUGUAGCCAUUUCAAUGCGUAGAUGAUAAAACUUGUAGAUUCCUUUCUGUGAACACCAUGAGCAAUGUUUUCAUUUGUUUCUGGUUUUAAAGGUUAGAUCUGUAUCACCAUUA